AUGGAGCCAACAGUGGAGUCCAUAUUUUCUGUUUUCCAGAGCCCUGAGAAGAGUGAUAUUGCAGGAUAUACAGGGCACUGUACUUUGAGUAACCAUGAGGAAGAGAAAGGCAUCCCUGCAGAUCUCAAGCAAGAUAUACUGCCUCAGCUCCCUGAAACCCACAGCCCAGAGAGGGGAGCAGCCUGUAAUGAACCCCCUCACCAGAAAAGAGACUCCAAGAAACUCGUCCUCGUUGAUGGCCAGAAACUGCUCUCCGAAGAGAAACCCUUCAAAUGUCCAGAAUGUGGGAAGGGCUUCAAGGGGCACUGCAGGCUCCUGAACCACCUGCAGAUACACACAAGAGACAAAACAUUUGUGUGUGGAGAAUGUGGGAAGGGCCUUAGCAGCAAGGCCAGCCUGGUGGCCCACCAGAGAGUCCACACGGAGGAGAGACCCUACAAGUGCAAGGAAUGUGAGAAAACCUUUAGCCGUGCCUCAAACCUCCUUGCUCACCACAGAACCCAUAUGAAAAAGAAAGCCUUUUCCUGUACCACAUGCAGAAAAAGCUUCAGUGACAACACAGCUCUCUUGCAACAUGAGAGAGUCCAUGCGGAUGAUAAGCCCU